AUGCGAGGCCAUCAAAGGAGCCUAGUUGAAUCUCAUCUCGACUUGGGCCUGUCAAAGCUGCCUUUAUCAUUACAUCCAGCCAUGAUUGUUUCCCAUGGUGUAGCCGUUGCAUUGCUAGCAGGACUACUCCGCGAGAGCGAGGUGAGCAUACUAAGUAAAUAUAUCGAUGGGGUAGCCCUUGUAAAUGUCAUCGUGCUGGCUGCCGAUGCCAAAUGGUCAGAAGUCGAUGUCCCAUCUUCCAACCCCUCCGGUACGGUAGACUUCAAAGGCCGUGAGUUGUUGUGGCUACGGUCAGAAAAGAACUCCGUUAGAAGAAUCUGGUCGUUCCUCCCCAAUUCGAUCGCACCUUCCAACUCUACUGCUUUCCAUCUCAACAGCUUCCACCUCCAGACGGCGCUCCUCCUCAUAGUCCCCAUAGACAACACCACAGAUAACACUGGACAGACUCUCUUGCCUCCUGUACCAUCGAUUCAAUCUGCGAUACACACGCCCUCUUUUCGUUCACAAUCAUUCAUAAUGACCCGAAAUUCUAAGCCUUCAAUACCUAGACGUCGACCCGGCUACAGCAAAGUCAAGGUAGUGGACCUUGUCGCUGAUCUGGCAAGACGCGGCCUGCCUACCACGGGCAAAAAGCCAGACCUGAUUGCGCGUCUUGAGGAGGAUGACAGAAAUCAGGCUGAAGCGCGGUUCAGUACUGCCCUUGAGUCGCCCCAGGAUGCAGCCCACGCUUUUGGGCUUUCGCGCAUACCAACAGAGACCUUUACGGCAUAUCACACAGCAUACACCGGCAAACCUGUGACCGCUAACGGCAAGUUUCACCACUUUGAGAGCAUCACAGACGAGUCGCAUCGACAGCGGGGUCAUUGGUGUUUUGAAUCUGUACAAGACGAUCAUAGAGCGCUCGCUCGCCACAUGUUAACACCGGAGGCCAUACUGGUCGAGCAGGAUCGCAGCGGAGACACCUCCUUCGAUGAGAUCAUCCUGCGAUGGAUGCCGGGUUCCGACGAAACAGAAAUGAAAGCCGGCCUGGUAGGGCCAGCAAGUUCUCACUUGAGGACAUUGUACACAUUAAAGAAGAUUACAGGACAACCCUUGUCAUUUCGAGGGCAAACACCGGUGUACCCUAUCAGCCAGGAUCCACGGGUCAAGCAAUACUGGGCCACAUAUAGUUCGCCACAUUCAAAAGUCUCUACUGACGCCGCAGCCGUCGAUUCUUCAAAUACCAUGAAUUCCACAAUAUCCCGAGGAACUCAAUCAGGCCCUAGCAAUACUUCAGGUUCGUUCCACGAUACAAACCUGGCCCCCAAGCCUUCAAGUUUGUCGCAUGGAACGCCCAAUACUCCAAAGGCUCUCUCCCCGCUGAAGCCACCCAAUGACUUUGGCUUUUCAGAGCCACAUCAGCCAAUUGCCUCGCCUUCCACACCCGUAGCCCAUGGACCCUCGACGUCUACUGUGCGCGUCAAGAAUUCGAAAACAUUGGACAAGGCCGCUACACAUAAUAAACAUGGUGAGUUUACACCCGCCGGAACUGAGCACCAUGGAGUAGAUUCUGCUCCACAGGUCCUACAGAUGGAAUUGCUAGGCGGCCCUGAAGUCUUUCCCGCAACCAAAGGACCAGUCACACCUGACUUCCUCAAUGACGGACCAAUCCCAUCAUCACAUUACACUGCGCUGUCUACGCGAGACGCAUCGCUCCCAGUCAGCCCCGAGCACGCGCUGCUACAACAGUCCGUGUCCCCCCCACAACACCCUGCACCACCACCUCGAAGUUAUGAGGAAGCGCCUCAAUGUGAUCUCGAGGAGUGGGGAGGUAUGGAGCAGAUUGAGAAAGAUCUUGCAGCUCUUAUUGCAUCCGAUGCUGUUUUGGAGGAUACUGAGCAUGUCGAUGUGCGUGCUGGUGAUACAUUACGCACAGCAAGUUUGACUUCUUUCGUCGAUACCAGCGAAAGCAAGAAGGGCAACACGGACCCCAAUGAAGCGAAAUCAUCCCAACUUUCGGUUAGCUCUAGCAAUGCGCCUAAUAGCCCAAGUUCUGUCGCAGAUGAUGAACGAAUUGUCAUUGACUGCGAGGGCGACAUUGGCGUGGUUCAACCCAUGAGCCCACCUGCAAUAGAACCAGAUAUACACCCCCGGUCCUCAGCAGGCUACCUUGACAUACCAUGCAUGGACUGCGGCUUGAUGGAGAUAGAAGGCCAUGCCUUCGAUUGCCAUAUUGGCAACAUUAUCUUCUCAGACAAGCUAACCUUCCUCGACUACCGCCGCAUUGCUGACGCCGUUGAGUACUUUGAUCCUGGUCCGUGGACUACACACUUCGAUCCUUACCCCACCCCGCCGCCUGAGGACCCGGAGGCGCAGAUUAUUGGCAUGGCAGAUGUAAUACGCAACGAAGAAUCAUACAAGAAUGAUGAGGAGUUACAUAGUCUUCCUGACUCAAUGAUGGUGUUGUUAUGGGCUUUGAGAUCACUUCCAGGCGUUAAAGUACUCAGAGAGUAG